AUGCUGGCAGACCUCUUCAACUCACCCGCGCGCGGCACGCGCGCCACAGGCACCGCCAGCAUUGGCAGCAGCGAGGCCAUCAUGCUGGCGGGCCUGGCUUUCAAGAAGAGGUGGAUGGCCAAGCGCAAGGCCGCGGGGCUGCCCUAUGACAAGCCAAACCUCAUCAUGAGCUCCACAACACAGGUGUGUUGGCACAAGUUCACCCGCUACUGGGACGUAGAGGAGAGGCUUGUCCCAGUGGAGGAGGGGCGCUACGGCAUCACCGCUGACCUGGCAAAGGAGCUGAUCGACGACUGCACCAUCGGCGUGGUGGGGAUCCUGGGCAGCACCUACAAUGGGGAGUUUGAGGACAUCGCGGCGCUGGACGCCAUGGUCGAGGAGGUGCGUCUCGAGCGCGGGCUGGAGGUGCCGAUCCACGUGGACGCGGCCAGCGGCGGCUUCAUCGCGCCCUUCCUCUACCCGGACCUGGCCUGGGACUUCCGACUCAAAAACGUCAACUACCUGGGAGAAGACCAGGCCACGGUGACGCUGAACUUCAGCCGGGGGGCCAGCCACGUCAUCGCGCAGUACUUCCAGCUGCUGCGCCUGGGGCGGGACGGCUACUCCCGCAUCAUGAACAACCUCGUGUCUAUCAAGCGGCGCCUCGAAGAUGGCAUCCUGGCCACAGGGGCAUUUGAGAUGCUGAGCAAGGAGGUGGGCGUGCCUCUGGUGGCGUUCCGCCUGAAGAAGCGCGUCGACGAGAACGGGAACGAGGUGCCCCGCCUGUGGGAUGAGUACGUCUUCUCCCACACACUGCACCAGAAAGGCUGGAUGCUGCCGGCCUACACCAUGUCAGAGCAUGCCACUGACAUCAAGCUGCUGCGCGCAGUCAUACGUGUUGACCACUCCAUGACGCUCAUCUCAAAGCUGCUGGAGGCCAUCCAGGGUGCCGUGCGCCAGCUGGACGAGACUGAAAAGCACAACGAGACGCACUUCAAGCAGCUGCAGGAGAAGCUGCGCGCGGUGCACGAGCGCGACGACUCGCUGCUGCGCAACCAGACGAUCAAGACGACCGCGCCUUGCUAA